AUAUAUCAAGAACAUUGUUGGAAGGCUUGCCAGCUCUUGGUGAUCGCAUAAAAGACCUGAAGAGAAAAGAAGAAGACAUGCUAGCGCAAAAGAAGAUACCAGAUGGGCAGAAAGAAGAAAUGUCACAGAAUGAAUAUAAACGUGGGAUUAGCAGCUGGAACUUCAAUCUUGAAGAUUUGAAGGCACAGGCUUCCUUGAUUCCAGAUGAGGAAAUUCUUGGUGAGAAUUACCAAGGUGGGAGUACAAAUUCACUCCCAGGGCUUGACAACCAAGGAAACCGGCUUCAAAAUCAGUUAUCUUCUCUACAACUUCCAAAAUUUCAGCAUCAAUUCUCCUUUGGAAGUCAAAAUUCAGAUGCUACAGGAUUCGAUGAUGACAAUCCAUCUGCCCCUCCUUCGCCUGCCGACCGCACCAUGACUUAUAGCAA